AUGGCACCAAAAACCAAGAAAAGAUUGAAAGACUCCAUCGAUGAUGUCCUUGGUGACGUCCUGGGAGAUGAGACGACACCACCUGAGAAGCCUGUUAAACUAAUGUCACGUGCCAGAGACCCUCCAGAUGUAGCCCAGGCGCCCCCUCCCUCCAGGCUUCGACCAAAGUCCCUCCUGGAAGACGAUGCCUUCAUCACCCGAGCAGGCCUGGCAGGAGCUGAUGCCGAGGUUUCAGAUGUCUCUGAUGCAGACCCACAGGCUCUGCUGCAGGCCAUGAAGGACCUGGAUGAAAUGGAUGCUGACCUCUUAGGUCUGAAGAAGUCAAAUCUAGCCUCUAACAAAAGGCCUGCAAAGGGCUCUGGGAAAGAAGAGCCACCUAGUCCUCUUAAAACCGCCGGUGUGUUAACUGCCAAUGAGAAAGGAGAUGCCAUUCCCAACAAGGACCUACCUCCAUCUCCCUCCAGCUUUGGGCAUCAGUACAGGAAGUUUUCCUUGGAAGAUUCAGAAGACCCCCUGGCAGGACUUCUCUCUGAUGAUGAGGAAAGAAUCCCCAAGAAACUGCCCUCCACGGAGACGAAAACCUCUUCCAAAAAGAACCCAGCCCUGGUCAGAGAUCACGGGCCCUCUGUCCCUCUAACUCCUGGGGACACUCCGGUCCGAAAGAAAGAAGAGCUGCUCUUUGACGAUGGGGACGACAUCAUGGCCACCCUGGGGUUUGGAGACAGCCCCAAGGCAGAGGGGAGGCAGGCGGGCAACCAGGAAGGGCCCCUCCCUGCUCGCUCCAAGCUGGAUGAGCUGCUGGGCCGGGGCCCUGCCUCCAAGCUCCUGGCCCGGCCAGGCACUGGCGAGCACAGGGAAUUCAAGCUGGACAAGAAGUACCAGCAGCCACAGGACAAAGAAGACACCUGGGGUGACAACGACUUCACCUUUGGGGCCUACCAGCCCACCGUGGGCUCCUCCGAGGGCCGGCAGUCCCGCCGGCAGUCUGUCAGUAGGUUCUUAGAUGGUGGCACAGACCCCAAGGGAGAAGCGGGCUCCAGGCAGAGCACCCCCACAGCCUCCAGCCCCACCCAGCCCAGGAGGGGAGGCGCUGACUGGCUGGGCCUCAAGGACGACAGCUGGGACCUGCUCCCCCCCUCCCCAGGCAGGAAGGCCCAGAGGCGCCCCCGUCCUGGGAGCCAGCAUUCCGCCCCCGUCUGCCACUCUGCCCCGUCCGGGCCGCCCUCCUCCUCAGGGACAAAAACACCCACUGAGGGUCCUGGCCCUCCUGCCAGAGGCAGCCAGCCUGCGGAGCCAGGAGCAUCCGAGGAGGCGGCAGGCCAGGACUGGCUGAGCCACGCCCUGUCCCGGAAGAAGGCCCAAGGCUUGGCCAGAGAGGAGCGCGCCGCAGGCUCUGAGGGCCAGCACUCGGCGGGGGCAGCCGGCCGGCCGCCUUCCCACAGUCAGCCUGCUGCCAGCACCCAAGAGCUCGAGCCAGCCGCCGCCCGGGAGACCCCAGGAACAGCAACACGAGGGCCAUGGCCCCCGCCUGCCGCCUCUGGGUCCCCCAUGACUUGGAACAAGGCCGCCUUGGCCCUCCAUGCAGGUGACCCUGAGAGGGGAAGAGCCCUUGGAGACCACUCUGGCACCGAGCCUACAGUUGUUUUCCCGAAUUCCCAGGAACCCUCAGGGCCUUCUGUGCCUGUUCAGUCCAAGCUCCCGGAGUCCCUGGCCCAGAGCCUGUUGCCCGGCCCCGAGUACCAGCACCAGCUCCUGGUGGCACAGGCUCAGCUUCAGAGCGGCACUGCCGAGCUCCAGGCCACCCUCCUGCAGAGUCAGGCCCGGCUGGCGGAGCUCGAGGCCCAGGUGCGGAAGCUGGAGCUGGAGCGGACCCAGCACAAGCUGCUGCUGGAGAGUUUACAGCAGCGGCACCAGGCCGACCUGGAGCUCAUCGAGCAUGCUCACAGGAGCCGAGUCAAGGUGCUAGAAACAUCGUAUCAGCAACGGGAAGAGCGGCUGCGGAGAGAGAACGAGGAGCUGUCUGCCCAGUAUCUGUCGCGCUGCCAGGAGGCGGAGCAGGCCCGCACUGAGCUCGCGGCCCAGCACCAGCGGCGCUUGGCGGCCGCCAUGCAGGAGAAAGACCAGGAGAUGGAGCGGCUCCGGGAGCUGCAGCGGGCCUCCAUCCUGGAGAUGCGCAAGGACCACGAGGAGCACCUGCAGCGGCUGAAGCAGCUGAAGGACCGGGAGAUCGACGCCGUGACCAGCGCCACCUCCCACACGCGGUCCCUGAACAGCAUCGUCGAGCAGAUGGAGAAGUUCUCCAGCAGCCUGCACGAGCUGUCCUCCCGCGUGGAGGCCUCACACCUCAGUACCUCCCAGGAGCGGGAGCUGGGGAUCCGGCAGCAGGACAAGCAGCUCCAAGCGUUGCAGGAGAGGCUGAGCCGCCAGCAGCGGGACAUGGAGGAAGAGCGGAGCCGACUCCAGGAGGUCAUGGGGAAGAUGGAGGCACGCCUGGGCGAGCAGAGCCGGCUGCUGGAGCAGGAGCGAUGGCGGGUGCACGCCGAGCAGUCCAAGGCCGAGUCGGCACAGCGUGCUCUGGAGGAGCAGAGGAAGGUCAUGGUCCAGCAGAUAGCCAUGGAGCGGGAGGAGCUGGAGAGAGCCAAGAGCGCCUUGCUGGAGGAGCAGAAGUCCGUCAUGCACAAGUGCGGGGAGGAGCGGCGGCGCCUGGCGGCCGAAUGGGCUGAGUUCUUCACGCAGCAGAAGCUGAGUAAGGAGCGGGCCGAGCGCGAGGCGGAGCGGGCGCUGCAGGUGGACGCCCAGCGGGAGGGCACCCUCGUCAGCCUGGCCAAGGAGCAGGCAGAGCUGAAGAUCAGGGCCAGCGAGCUCCGAGCCAAAGAGGACCAGCUGGCGGCCGAGAGGGAGGCUCUGGAGCAGGAGCGGCAGGAACUGCGUCUGGAGAAGGAGCGGGUCAGCGCUGCUGCCCAGCGCAUGAGGCUGCGCGCCGAGGAGAUGGAGAGCAUGAGCCAGGUGGCCUCUAAGAAGUACCAGGAGGGGGAGCGGGCCCUGCGCGAGGCCCAGCAGGUGCAAUCAGAGCAACAGGCCCGGCUGCAGCUGGUGCAGGAGCAGCAGGAGCGGCUGCGGCAGCAGGAGCGCCACGUGCACCAGGAGCAUCUGAGUCUAGCCCAGCAGAGGCUGCAGCUGGAUCGUGCCCGACAGGACCUGCCCGCCAGCCCAGUGGGGCUGCUCUCCAGGGCCCAGGACCUCGCAGCCUCUGGCCUGAGUGCCACGGUGGCACCUGCCCGCACCGUUCCGCAGUGCAGCCAACCACUGGUCGGCCUGGGCCCCUCACAUCUCUAUGCCAAGCUGGUGCUGCUGAGACACACAGCUGAGCAGGACCGUGACUUUCUGGAGAACGAACAGUUCUUCCUGGAGACCCUGAAGAAAGCCUCCUACAACAUGGCAUCCCACUCGGCCUGA